GGGUGGGGGGGAGGGAGGUAGGUGGAGAAAGAAGAUAUUGCCGCCACCGAAGGCGGAGGAGGGAAGGACGGCCAAGAGCGACACCGCCGUGUGCCCAACGGUCGGUGUCCCCGGCUGAGGCAGCGCGGCCGCAGCAGCCCCGUUUGAUCUGUGGAUGAAAUGAAUCAUGAUUUUCAAGCUCUUGCAUUAGAAUCUCGGGGAAUGGGAGAGAUGCAGAAAAAGAGUCCAGUCACUCCUAUGGGCCACAAGAGGGCACCCUGCAGCUAGCUAACCCUUCCCUUCUCCAGAACAGCGUUUUCCAAAGAGUUUGUCAUUUUCAGAGGACUGAUUUAAGGGCAGCAGGGAACCUUCUGGGAUUUCCUUCUUUGCCUGUCUCUCUCUCACCAGUCUUCUCCUCCUUUCCUGACAGCUUUUGCCUACCAAAAAGUUUUGGGAACCUGAUGAUUCAACAAAAGAUGGACAAAAAGGCAUAUUUCUUGGGGAUGAUGAAUGGAGAGAGACUGCAUGGGGAACUUCUCGUAAGUUAUUGGUACCAUUCAAUGUCCCAGCCUAUUAUGGUACAGAGAAGAUCUGGACAGGGUUUUCAUGGAAACAGUGAAGUAAAUGCAAUACUGUCUCCGCGAUCAGAAAGUGGAGGCCUUGGUGUGAGCAUGGUAGAAUAUGUAUUAAGUUCUUCUCCUGCUGAUAAAUUGGAUUCUCGAUUUCGGAAGGGAACUUUUGGCACUAGAGAUGCUGAAACAGAUGGACCUGAGAAAGGAGAUCAAAAAGGCAAGGCUUCUCCAUUUGAGGAGGACCAAAACAGAGAUCUUAAACAAGGAGAUGAUGAUGAUUCUAAAAUAAAUGGCAGAGGUUUGCCAAAUGGAAUGGAUGCCGAUUGCAAAGAUUUUAAUCGUACUCCUGGAAGUCGUCAAGCCUCUCCAACUGAAGUAGUUGAGCGCCUGGGCCCCAAUACUAAUCCCUCAGAAGGAUUGGGGCCUCUUCCUAAUCCUACAGCUAAUAAACCACUUGUUGAAGAGUUUUCAAAUCCUGAAACCCAGAAUCUGGAUGCCAUGGAACAAGUUGGUCUGGAUUCCUUGCAGUUUGACUAUCCUGGUAAUCAGGUACCCAUGGACUCUUCAGGAGCUACUGUAGGCCUUUUUGACUACAAUCCCCAGCAGCAGCUCUUUCAGAGGACUAAUGCACUAACAGUUCAGCAGUUAACUGCAGCUCAACAGCAGCAAUAUGCAUUAGCUGCAGCUCAACAGCCACAUAUAGCUGGUGUAUUCUCAGCAGGCCUUGCUCCAGCUGCAUUUGUGCCAAAUCCGUAUAUUAUUAGUGCUGCUCCUCCAGGGACUGAUCCAUAUACUGCAGCAGGGUUGGCUGCAGCAGCAACAUUAGCAGGUCCAGCAGUGGUUCCACCUCAGUAUUAUGGUGUUCCAUGGGGGGUGUAUCCAGCCAAUUUAUUUCAGCAACAAGCUGCAGCUGCGGCAAACAACACAGCAAAUCAGCAAGCAGCAUCACAAGCUCAGCCUGGACAGCAACAGGUUCUCCGAGCUGGAGCAGGUCAGCGCCCUCUUACUCCCAAUCAGGGCCAGCAAGGGCAGCAGGCAGAAUCACUUGCAGCAGCAAAUCCAACUUUGGCUUUUGGUCAGGGUCUUGCUACCGGCAUGCCAGGCUAUCAAGUACUAGCUCCAACUGCCUAUUAUGAUCAGACUGGUGCCUUAGUGGUUGGCCCCGGAGCAAGAACUGGCCUUGGAGCUCCAGUUCGUUUAAUGGCUCCGACACCCGUUUUAAUUAGUUCAGCAGCAGCACAAGCUGCAGCAGCAGCAGCAGCUGGAGGAACUGCAAAUAGUCUUACCGGCAGCACAAACGGUCUCUUUCGGCCAAUUGGCACUCAGCCACCGCAGCAGCAGCAGCAGCAGCAGCCGCCGAGCACGAAUCUGCAGUCUAAUUCAUUUUACGGGAGCACUUCUUUGACUAGUAGCUCCCAGAGCAGUUCUUUAUUUUCUCACGGACCUGGCCAACCUGGAAGUACAUCGCUUGGCUUUGGAAGCAGUAGCUCUUUGGGUGCUGCUAUAGGCUCAGCCCUCAGUGGAUUUGGUUCGUCAGUUGGCAGUUCUGCAAGUAGUAGUGCCACAAGGAGAGAGUCUCUAUCUACUAGCUCUGACUUGUACAAAAGAUCUAGUAGCAGCCUAGCACCCAUAGGGCAACCAUUUUACAAUAGUCUGGGAUUUUCCUCCUCUCCAAGUCCAAUAGGCAUGCCUCUGCCAAGCCAAACUCCAGGACAUUCACUUACGCCACCGCCAUCACUUUCAUCACAUGGAUCCUCAUCCAGUUUGCAUUUAGGAGGCCUGACAAAUGGUAGUGGUCGAUAUAUCUCUGCAGCGCCUGGAGCAGAAGCAAAAUACCGGAGUGCUUCAAGCACUUCCAGUCUGUUCAGCUCCAGCAGCCAGCUCUUUCCUCCUUCCCGGCUUCGGUAUAAUAGGUCUGAUAUUAUGCCUUCCGGCCGAAGUAGAUUAUUGGAAGAUUUCAGAAACAACCGCUUCCCAAACCUUCAACUUAGAGACUUGAUUGGGCACAUAGUUGAGUUUUCUCAAGACCAGCACGGUUCUAGAUUCAUACAACAAAAACUAGAGAGAGCUACUCCAGCUGAGCGACAGAUGGUAUUUAAUGAAAUUCUACAAGCAGCCUAUCAAUUAAUGACAGAUGUUUUUGGAAACUAUGUUAUACAGAAAUUUUUUGAGUUUGGGAGUUUGGAUCAAAAAUUAGCUCUCGCCACUCGUAUUCGUGGGCAUGUUCUGCCUUUAGCCUUGCAGAUGUAUGGCUGUCGUGUUAUCCAGAAAGCUCUGGAGUCUAUUUCAUCUGACCAGCAGGUAAUUAGUGAAAUGGUAAAGGAGCUAGAUGGUCAUGUACUCAAAUGUGUGAAAGAUCAGAAUGGAAACCAUGUUGUACAAAAAUGUAUUGAAUGUGUUCAGCCACAGUCACUACAGUUCAUCAUUGAUGCUUUCAAAGGACAAGUGUUUGUACUUUCAACUCAUCCUUACGGCUGCAGAGUGAUCCAGCGCAUCCUCGAGCAUUGCACUGCAGAGCAGACUUUACCUAUCUUAGAGGAACUCCACCAACAUACAGAGCAGUUGGUACAGGAUCAGUAUGGCAAUUACGUUAUUCAGCAUGUCUUGGAACACGGUCGACCUGAAGACAAAAGCAAAAUUGUUUCUGAAAUCCGAGGAAAAGUCUUAGCCCUGAGUCAACACAAAUUUGCCAGCAAUGUAGUAGAAAAGUGUGUUACCCAUGCCUCCCGUGCCGAGAGAGCUUUACUGAUUGAUGAAGUUUGCUGCCAGAAUGAUGGUGCUCACAGUGCCUUAUACACCAUGAUGAAGGACCAGUAUGCCAAUUACGUGGUUCAGAAGAUGAUUGAUAUGGCUGAACCUGCCCAGAGAAAGAUAAUCAUGCAUAAGAUUCGACCUCACAUUACUACUUUGCGCAAAUACACAUAUGGGAAGCAUAUACUGGCCAAGUUGGAAAAAUAUUAUUUGAAAAAUAGCCCAGAUCUAGGGCCUAUUGGAGGACCACCAAAUGGAAUGCUGUAAAGGAAAGAGAAAGAAGAUGAUGUAACCAUGUGAAAAGAAUGUUUCUUUUGUGAAUUAUCAAAACACAACUCAACUAUGAAUCUUCAAAUUUUUUUUUAAAGCAAAACUAUUUAUUGACUUUAUUCAUCCAUUUGUAAAUUUUUUAAGGUUCUUGUGUAUAUUUGGGGGGUGGGGGUGGUGAAUUAUAAAUUAUAUUCAGCCCUGAGUGGAGACCUAUCAGAUUGGAUUGCUGGCAAAGCACAGAAUGCCUGUAUAUGAUGUAACUAUCAAAAAAAAAGCUGUCACAUAUUUUGUAAAUUUUUACCUUGUAAAGUCACAAAAAAUAGUUUUUAAAGGAAAAAGUACAGUAUUCUUUUAAUAAACUGGCUUGCAGUCUGGUAGGUCUACGGACCCCAUAGCACAACAGGUUUAUAGAGAUGUAUAUAGAAAUAUAGUCCUUAUUUUUUUUUUUUUUUGUCCUUUGUGUGAAGCCUUUUAUAACCAAUUAACAAUCAACUGCAUAAAUAUUAUUAAUAUUUUAAAAAGAAAGUUAAGUUGUAUUUUGGUAAUUCACAAACUAUCAUGCAAAUAAAAUCUCUGCAAGUAAGUUAAGAAUUAAAUGAUUUGAGAUGAAAGAACUUACAUUAUUUACAAUGGAUAUGGUUUUAAUACAAAUACUGCCCUAAAAUGUCUCUGGCAAUGUACAGAAGUAUUGUAUAUACUUACAUAUGUAAUUGUUGUAAGAGGUAAGAAAAAGAAUCAUGGUGACACUUCCAUUCAGUUAAGUGCACUAAAUGAAAAGUUAAGUCCCAUUUUAACUUUUCAGUUUGGUUUGCAAUCUGAGAAAGAGUAGAAAUUUGUAUAUUGUUUUGCUUAUAGGAUUACAAGGACAUGUUGAGGAAGUGUUGAGCUUUAUUUUGCUUUUUCAUAGUAGACUUUGCAAAAGUAGGAACCAGAUAGAGGUGAAAAGGGGCCACUGAAAAGUGAAUUUGAUAGCUCAACAUUUAAGCAUGACUACAUAUUCAGAUAGCUUUUUUUGCUUCCUAUAAAUAUAUGCAUUGUGUGUGUAGUAAUAGAUGUAAGUUUACACUUUAAAAGCAAAUCUUGUUUCAAUGUUUAUUAUAAAAGCCUUGCUAAUUUAGUAGUGAUGCUUUCCUUGGUUGUACAGGUGUACAUUUGUAAACCUUCAUGCUGUAAAUGGAAUUUGUUUUAUCUCUUUGGGAAACAUUUGCAUUUUAGUGUACAUUUAUGUCCCUGCCCUAUUUGACCUGGCAUAUAGUGUUGUAUAAUGUAAAUUUAUUUCUCCAAAUCGAGAGUGAUUUUUUAAAAAUUUUUUAUCUUUAUAUGGUUUCAGAAGUAUGAACCAGCUUUCUUUUUAUUAUUGUGGGAAACAUUUUCUUUUAUAACAUAGUUGUUGACUCUGUUAAUAUGGACAUACUAGGAUUUGGAUCACUUUCAAGAAGUCAGGGUAUUGUGCAUAAUAGAAAGUAUUGGACUGAGAUUUUUGGUUACCAUGGAGGCCAAUGCUUUUUCCAUCUUAUUAAAUGUGAUGUGACUUUUUUCUUUGUACAGAAGAGUACUGUAUUUUUGAAUAGCCUAUUCCCAAGUAAGAGCAAAUCUGUAUGAUAACAUUUUUUUCUCUGGACAUAGGACAUAACAGUAACAUGAUGUACAUUUACAAGCGGCCUUAUGUACAUUUCCCAACAAUCUUUUUAAGGCAAAAUUGUGACCAUAUGUGUAUAAUUAAAAUCGUUUUUAAUCCUUUGCCUAUGAAAAUAUUUUGGAAAAAAAAACUUGCUUUGUAUAUUCAGUUUCUGAAAGAUAAAGAAAGUGCUUUGUAUUUUGUUGAAGUCAGUAUUUUGUAUAAAACCAUUUAUGUUGACCCACUUCUGUUUAGUGCUGACAACUAAUGAACCAUGCUAUCUCUUUCGAUUGAACAUGUAAAGGAUUUUUUUAUUAGAAGUCUGCAGAAGAAAAGCAUUCUUCUGAGCACAAUAUUGAAUAUAAAGGUUUUAUCACUUAGCUGUUCUUAUCAUGAACCUAAAAAUAAUGGCAUAAAGUUUGGGGUGCCAGGCAUACUUUUUCAUGUUUGACUUUGAGUUAUUCUAGUUUUCUAACCCAACAUUCCAUGUUGAGUCCAUUAAAUCCAACCACUUGUCACUGUCCCCUCUCAUAGUCCUACUGGUUCAUCAGCAUGUCCCAGUCAACAGUGGCAGUGCUCCCCCCCCCCCCCAUACAAAACUGCUCUUUUCCCGUCCUACUUUGUUUUGCCAGCCUCAGAGUGUCUUGGCCCUGUGUCGAACUUUUGCUCCCAGUAUCCACUCACAGUCGUGAGCUGAUCAUGAUCCAAAUCGUCCUUGUUGGAGAUUGAUAGUGACUUUCCUGGAUUUGCACAGUUGAAUUCCUGGCUUUCCUUUGUCCUGCAAACUUAGAAAGUCUUGGGGAUAGCUGGGAAACUGAACCUUCUUCUUGGGGUUUUGAUGUUCCCAUGUAUCCCAGUGUUGACAACCCAAUCUUCCCAAUACUUUGGGGCCUAUUCUAGAAAAAUAUCUGUUAUUCUAGAAAUUUUACAGUCUGCCAUUUUGGUGCCCACCUCUCUGAUUCCACCAUUUAAUAAGUUGGCAUGGAGUUUUGCUAAACUCUGACAUUUCAGAAUAAAGAAACUUUAAUUGGGCAGAACCACUUAGACUUCACUCUUGAGUGUCUCCUUUUGAUAAUGGAUUGUUUCUGGACCAGUUUGUCUAAGUCCUGGCUCUUCUUGGUUCAUAUGAAAUAAUGUUAUCUUCACUUUGUAUAUUAUGUAUAAAUUAGAAAAUGAAAAAUGUGUGAAUAACAUUGUAUGAAAUAAACCUGGUCUUGUGUUUUUCUCUAGAUAAAAUACCCUUCUGUACCUCAAUUAUAAUUCAGAUUGCCCAUUCAAGUUUACUCUGAUUUAAGGAAAAGAAAAUAUUUUUAUCCCAUGGAUGCUAAUCUGGGGCUACUGAUUACCCUGAUGAUAUUCAUGUCUUUGAUUAGUAUUCAGGAUCUCUAAUUACAUAGAGUGAUUACACACUUCAUAGGAUGAAACUUUUAGCCUGUUUACUUGAUAAAAUGAUACUUCUUCAAGGUUGUUUUCAGGAUUAAAUUAAAUCACUUAUCUUUACCUA